AUGAGUAGAGCAGCUUGUAAAGAGUUUGGGGAUGUUGUGACGUUUGACACAACAUACUUGGUAAAUAAGUAUGACAUGCCUUUUGCUCCAUUUGUAGGUGUUAAUCAUCAUGGUCAGUCGAUAUUAUUGGGAUGUGGACUCAUCUCUCAUGUAGACACAAAGUCAUUCUCCUGGUUAUUUAGGACUUGGAUGACAUGCAUGUGGGGUUGUACUCCCAAAGCAACUAUUACCGAUCAAUGUAUGGCCAUGAAGAAUGCUAUAGAAGAAGUAUUCCCUCACACUCGACACCGGUGGUGCAUAUGGCAUAUUUUGAAAAAGGUGCCAGAAAAAUUGGGAAACUGCGAGGAGCGUAAAUCAAUUUCACCUUCUUUGCACAAUGUAGUUUAUGAUUCACUGACAAUAGAGAAAUUUGAGGUUGCUUGGGACAUGUUCAUCAAAAAGUACGCACUUCAAAAUAAUGAAUGGUUACAUGGGUUGUAUUUAGAGAGGAAUCGAUGGGUGCCGGCUUUUGUGAAGGAUGUGUUUUGGGCGGGAAUGUCAUCCACACAAAGAAGUGAGAGUAUGAAUUCAUAUUUUGAUGGUUACAUCAACUCGAAGACGACUUUGAAACAAUUUGUAGAGCAAUAUGAGAAUGCAUUGGCUAAAAAUGUGGAAAAUGAAAACUAUGAAGAUAUGAAAGAUUUGCACUCUUACAUCCCGUGCAUAACUGCAGCUCAGUUGGAGAAACAAUUCCAAAGUGCUUAUACGCGUGCAAAGUUUAAAGAGUUUAAAGACGAAAUUGUGGGAAAACUUAAUUGUUCUUUGUAUGAAAGAAAAGUAGGUGAUGUUUGGUCAGAAUAUGAGAUAGAAGAAGACAUCAAAUUUGGAGAAGGGGAAGAGGAAAGGACAAAACAUGUGUCAUUUAAGGUUGAGUUUAAUGGUGAGACCAAUGAAGCAAAUUGUAAUUGUCGAUUAUUUGAGUUUAGAGGAAUGGUGUGUCGACAUCAACUUAUGGUGUUCCAUGAAAGGAGAGUUCAAAGAAUACCUGAGAAGUAUGUCUUGAGAAGAUGGAGCAAAAAUCUGAAAAGGGCUCACACUAAAGUUCGAAUCAACUACGAUAACUCGUCCUCGACAAUUGAAGCAUGUCGGCAUGACAACAUGUGCAAUCUCUUUAACGAGGUUGCCAAUUUGGCGGAAGAUUCUCAAGAGAAGUAUGAAAAGGUCAUGGGACGGCUACAGGAGCUAAAAGGAGAGCUGCUUGAAUCUUCGAUUGUUUGUGAAAGUAAUAUGGUUUCUGAUACUCCAAAUGAUUCCUUUUCAUUUGAAGAUAUAGUUCUACCUUCCAAAGAGAACAUGACCAUCCUAGACCCGAAAUCUGUUCGUCGAAAAGGGAGACCUCCAUCAAAAAGAAAGCAAGGUGGUGUUGAAAAAAUUUGUAAGAAGAAAAGAGAACAAAAAAAUAAGACAUUGUCUAACGAAAAAGCGAAGGUCCAGGAGAAUGCAGUAAGCAAUGAAUUUGGGACACAAGAAAGUGUUGUAAAUGUAAAUGUAAGAAACUUUUUUUAA